UUUGCAAAAAUGAAACAAAUCGAGAAAGGAAAUUUAACAAUGAAUAACAGCCGAAGUGUUGAAGAUAAUAGCAAUAAUGUUGGAGGCGGUUGGUAUAACACACGACGACAGUACAGAUCGGUAGCAUUCGGCACUUGGAAAGUAGGUAAUGCUCGAGAUCUGUCCGUCAAACGCGGUGUUUCCGAGGGUGAAGGACAAUUGGCUCGUGAGCUUUCAAGCAUCGGAAACAAAGCGGAACUGGUACAAGAAUAA